AUUUUUUGUUUAAGUUGAUUUGUAAUUAUUUGUGUGAAAUAUAGAUUUAAUAAAAUAUUGUGAACAUUUUUGACAUUUUUCUAAUUUUAUUCGAUUUCAAUAAGUUAUAAAUAAUAUUAGAAAUUAUUGUUUAUACAUUUUGUAAUUUAAUUUAAUUUUUUUUUUUUUUUUAAUUAUUAAACGUUAUAGAGUGCAUAUACCUUAAAUCAUAUAAUAUAUACUAUAUAAUAUGUAUAUAAUCUAAGGCAUAUAUUAUAAAUUAAUUAUAUUAUAUUUCAGUUAAAGACAACGAUUUGAUACCAUAGAGCAAAAUAUUGUUAUGAGUUACCGACGUCUUAAAGACAACAAAAUAUAUUGUCGUUAUAAAAAACAAUUCGAAAAAACAACUGCUCUACCACGAUGUAUUAAUGUUGCUGUUGUGGGACUUUCUGGUGCAGAGAAAGAAAAGGGAGCAGUGGGAGUUGGUAAAUCGUGUCUUUGUAACAGAUUCGUGAGAUUAUCAUCUGAUGACUUCAAAGAUGAUCAUAAUUCAUUAUUAAGCAAUUCUGAUUUUAGUGGACGAGUUGUUAAUAACGAUAAUUUUUUGUACUGGGGAGAUGUUAUCAAAACGUCUGAAGAAGGUACUGAUUACAUGUUUCGUGUCAUUGAACAAACUGAAUUUAUAGAUGAUUCAACAUUCCAACCGUUUUGUGGAGUUAAAACGGACCCAUAUAUCAAACGCUGUGUGGCUACUAAAAUUGAAUCGCCUGAAAAAUUAAUGUAUAUUUGUAGAAGCCAAUUAGGUAUUGAAGAAAAAUAUGAACAAAAAGUGUUACCUCCCGGUGAAUUCAGUGUUGAUGGUUUUUUAUGCGUGUUUGAUGUUAGUGUAGUACCUGGUCGUAGUAUAGUAAAACAAUUAGAAACUGUGACUAAUAUAUUAACAAAUAUAAAGAAUACGAAAAAACCCGUGGUUUUAGUAACUACGAAAAAUGAUAAAUUCAAUGAAGCAUAUGUUCAAGAAGUUCAAAAACUUGUAUCUCAUAGUGAAUUUAAGAAAGCUAUACCAAUUGUUGAAACAUCUGCUUAUCUGAAUGUUAAUGUUGAUGCUGCUUUUAUAGCUCUAGCUCAUAUUAUUGAUAGAUUUAAAGGCCGUACAAAAAUAGUUCCUUAUUUGGAAUCUGUUAAAACGACUACUAGUUGAUGCAAACCAGACGUUGAUACAAUUAUAAGUAAAUACAGAAGUGUUUAUAAUUUUCUGUUUACGUAAUACCUCUAAGUAUGAAAUAAUUUUUAAAAAAUUAACUCUCAAGGCAUUCAUAAAUUAUAAUUUUUCAAUAGUUAACUUACACUAUAAAAUGGAAAACACUUUUAAUUAAUAGAUGGACCUAAACCUAAAUUUUAUUUUCAAAUGAUAUAUUAUUAUAAUUAACUGUA